AUGCCUUGGGAAACUGAGGAAAUCAAGGACUUUCUGCUCACAGCCCGGCGGAAGGACGCUAAAUCUGUCAAGACCAAGAAGAACACGGAUAACGUAAAGUUCAAGGUUUGCUGCAGCAGGUACUUCUACACCCUGGUCAUCACAGAGAAGCUGAAGCAGUCCCUACCCCCUGGUUUGGCAGUGAAGGAGCUGAAAUGAACCAAUCCUCUGCAUUUAACUAUUAAAAAUUCUGGAAAGUCAAAA